AAACGCUGGUGUGUGUGCCAUCGGCUAUCUGCGCACAACCGUACACGCUUGCUAUACGAACACUUGCAAGCUGGUUCGUCACUUGAGGUUCAACGGUGCUGCAAUUUUCCACCGACGUUCACUGUUCUUCGAUAAGUUGUCCGACCGCAUUGUAGAAUCCUUUGGAGGUACCAGUUUGCCAAUACCAGUACAGCAAAUCAAUUCAAAAUGUUCGUCUCGUCAGCCGCUCGUAUUGCUCCAGUCGCCCGCAACCUGGUUCUCAAUGGAACGAAAGCUUACCUCCGACCAUUGAGCAGUGCUGUCAUCAGCCAGAGCCAAACAUUGGCCGCACAGAGCAGCACCCCAGUUGCUCUACUGCCACAGGUCCGGUCAUUCCAGACUUCACCGGUGACCCGGGAUAUUGAUUCUGCCGCGAAGUUCAUUGGUGCUGGUGCUGCCACCGUUGGUGUUGCUGGAUCUGGUGCUGGUAUUGGAACAGUAUUCGGAUCUCUGAUUAUUGGCUACGCGAGAAACCCAUCGCUCAAGCAGCAGCUUUUCUCCUACGCCAUUCUGGGAUUCGCCCUGUCUGAAGCCAUGGGUCUGUUCUGUUUGAUGAUGGCCUUCUUGCUACUCUUCGCUUUCUAAGUCUACACAAAAGUACGUUUUCAAUGCUAUUAAAGUAACAUCAUAAUAUAAUUCGUAACAUGAGAAACAAAAAAAACAGCAAAACCAAUAAUUCGUAAUGUGUUGAGAAUAAGAACUUUCUUCGAAUUAAACCGAAGCAUCAAAAUCCAAGAUCGAAAUCUACACGCAAUAAUAAUUAUUGUGCGCUAUCUGAGAUAGGGAAGAAAAUUUGACAGACGAAAGCCUGCCACGCAUUGAGGGAAUGGAUUGUUACACACUAGCCAUGAAAAAAUUAUGAUGAGCAAGUACGAAGUAGUUAUUAAUUGUUGAAAUACAGCAGGUCGAUUGUUGCGAAAAAGAGCAAACAUCUGAUGUUUAAAGAAAUAAUGCUGCCAUCACACUAACGUUGUGCCCUACGUUCCCCCCUAAAACCAUCUUUUAGUUCUAUCUAUGACUAGAGCGGGCGCACGUUCCAUUCCAUAGUUGUUUCAUGGGUAUUCCUAACAAAUUUUAAACACCUCAGAACUUAAAUAACCAAUACGAAUAACAUCAGAACACAAUUCAAAGCUAAGAAACAAGUUAGGCGAAAAACAAAAAAUAAGCGAACAUACUGUAAGCCUAGAUAUUUUGAGCCGAAUUCUAUCAGUGCGAGACAAGAGAAGAGGAUCGGGCAACUUAUAACAUCAAAGUCAUCACGGGAUACUAGUGCCAUCUGUUGAGAGAAUGUUGGUUUCCACCGUUAAACGAAUCAACGUCGGUAGAUUCAUUCAUUUGUGGUGUAUUUGCUAGCGAAACACGGGAAAACACUUUCCAUACAAGGAUCACAUGUAUUAAUUUGGGAGGAUUAUUCAUGGGAUCUCUUCGCGAGCGGAUAAAUGCGUACAUUCUCUUGCCCGUGAUGUACUAAGCUGCUUAAAAUGUCACCAACAACGUACUACAACAACUGAGUAGUGUAAGGCGAACAAUGGUCGGAAAUAAAGAGCAAGAGACUAGUUACUGGUACAAAAUCGAACAGAAGGAAA